GCAGCGGUGGCUUCUGCUUCCCCGAGCCGGGACGCCGCCAUCGGCCGGUGGGCUGCACCUUCAUAGGCUGCUGCUCCCUGGGGAUCGGUGCACCGACAUCCUCCAGGGCUUUGUCACUCUCCGCCGCGGGCGGAGCCUACGGACCUGCCCUCGCACCCUGCGCGCCCCUCCCGGCUCAGCCUGGCCGUGGGAACCCCAGUACAGCAUCCUCCUACCGCUCAUGCUGCAGCUGGUGGUGAGCGGCGAGUCUGCCGCUCAGCUACCUCAGCCUGAUCCCCCGCGAGUCGCCUGAGCCGCUCCCCACGAUGGCUGAGCCUGGGGCCCCGCGUCCCUCUUUGGCUCAGCUGGGACCGAGCCGCGCCAGGUGCCCCCGGUAUCCCCGCUGAUCCGCUGCAGGCUGGGGAUCGCAGGGCCCGAUCUCCCCGAGCCCUCGCCUCCCCUCCGCGCCCUUACCCUCCGCCCUCUUUACUGCUGUUCUCCGGGGCUAGGGGCUAGGGGAUCUAGACAAAGCCCCACUUUGUGCGGGAGGCGGGCGUGGAAUGUGUACUGCGGCGCGCGCCCCCUCCCCGCCCCGCCAGCUGCGAGUCUUGGCUCCCGGAAGGGUCGCGACAGAGAAGUCGCCCCCGGCGCCGCCUCCCCCCCUGCAUCCCCGAUCCCUGGGGUCCAGACUGGGAGCUCACGUGGGCCCCCUCCGCUCGCGCCAGUGUGAGUGUGCAAGGAUUCCGUAGAGGAAUUUCUUCUCUCCAAAACGGGGAGUGGGCACCGGUGUCUUGGGCCUCCUUUUCAGCAUUGCUGCAAGAGCUGUCUGGCCUCAGUCUCCCCACCCCCGGAACCCCACUUUUCUCCUCUCAGCCAUCCUAGAUCGCUGCGGGUCAUUGUUCUUGCUGCCAAAUGGGGGUGCUUUGUAUAGGCUGCCAAGUUGGGGUGUGUUCUCUUCAUCCAGUUUUUCAAACAAAAUAGGGCUUCAAAGGCGGACCCUAGGCAACCCACCUGGCCAUCACUCCAAGCUGAUGCGCUGAUUCUUUCUUACCAAAUAGUAUUUUAUUGUAUAGGAGCCACGCCCUGGUUUCUUAAAGGCGCCCGGCACUGUUUGGCCAUGUGUUAUCUUUAUAGCGGAUAUGUGGGAAGCCUCCUGUGAGGCACUUAGUUUUCCCGCUUCCUGAUAUAUCCUCCCAUCCCUAUCGAGGAUUUAGGGAUGCCAGGGGGAAAGAAGGUGGUCCCAAGUGGCAGCAGCAGUGCCUCCCCGAAUGCAGCCGCCGCCAGCGCUGCUGCUGCUGCCGCCUCCCACUCUGGCAUUAAACGUUUGGAGACCAGCGAAGGGGCCUCAGCACAGAGAGACGAGGAACCAGAGGAGGAAGGGGAAGAGGACCUACGAGAUGGAGGUGUCCCUUUCUUCGUCAACCGAGGUGGACUGCCAGUGGACGAAGCCACCUGGGAAAGGAUGUGGAAGCAUGUGGCCAAGAUCCACCCGGAUGGAGAGAAGGUGGCCCUGCGGAUCCGUGGGGCCACGGACCUUCCCAAGAUUCCCAUACCAAGUGUGCCUACUUUCCAGCCGACGACGCCCAUCCCCGAGCGCCUGGAAGCCGUGCAGCGCUACAUCAGGGAGCUGCAGUACAAUCACACGGGGACACAGUUCUUUGAAAUUAAGAAGAGCAGACCUCUGACAGGGCUGAUGGACCUGGCCAAGGAAAUGACCAAAGAGGCUCUGCCAAUCAAAUGCCUGGAAGCUGUGAUCCUGGGAAUUUACCUCACCAACAGCAUGCCCACCCUGGAACGUUUCCCCAUCAGCUUCAAGACCUAUUUCUCAGGGAACUACUUCCGCCACAUUGUGCUGGGGGUGAACUUUGGGGGCCGCUAUGGAGCCCUGGGCAUGAGCCGAAGGGAGGACCUGAUGUAUAAACCUCCAGCCUUCCGCACACUCAGUGAGCUCGUGCUGGACUAUGAGGCGGCCUAUGGCCGCUGCUGGCAUGUGCUGAAGAAGGUAAAGCUGGGCCAGUGCGUAUCCCACGACCCCCACAGCGUGGAACAGAUUGAAUGGAAGCACUCGGUGCUGGACGUGGAGCGGCUGGGUCGGGAAGACUUCCGCAAGGAGCUUGAGCGGCACGCCCGAGACAUGCGUCUCAAGAUUGGCAAGGGGACAGGCCCUCCCUCUCCCACCAAGGACCGGAAGAAGGAUGUUUCUUCCCCUCAGAGAGCCCAGUCCAGCCCACACCGCAGGAACAGCCGCAGUGAGAGACGGCCGUCAGGGGAGAAGAAGCCUGCAGAGCCCAAAGCCAUGCCAGACCUCAAUGGGUACCAGAUCCGGGUGUGAGGCUGCUGCCAGCACCCCCAGACCUCCCCUGCUUCUGGAGGCCCUGACCUACCUGCAGGAAAGAAUCUACUUCCUUCAGGCAGGGGCUGGUGAUCGGGUGGGCUAGGGGUGGGAGGCAGGAAGGAUGCCUUGCAGAUCAGCCCCAGGUGACUUCCCCUCUCACUGAACCAAGCCCCUAACCUUGGGCCAAGAAGCAGUUAGUAUUUCAUUUGGAGUUUUAACCCUACAACUGAAGUUUAAGGUAUUUGGAGGGAAAGGCACGUGGAUAUGCUGGUAGCUGGCAAGGCUUGCUCUUUCUGCGCACUCUGUGGCUUGGGAAGGAGGGCUUGCUGGCUCUGUGGUGCUCCAAUCAGCAGUGAUGAGGUUGGCUAGCCUCGCCAGUCUGUGGGGUGAGGGUGGGGUGGGGUCGGGAUGGAGAAUCAUGACCCAGGGAAAGGGAAGCAGGGUAGGGGUCCCCCUGAGAAAGGUCCAUGUAGUCCUCAAAUCAGGAACGUGGCGGAGGACACAUCUGUUUAAGGUGGAAUCCUAUGAUCCAGGAGAGCCCUCGGGUCAGCAUGACUCUUUAGACAGCACUGUGCCCCUCCCAACACAUACAGAGGCACACACACACGCACACAC